AUGGCCGAUAUACAACAAGUUAAUACUCCAGAGAAACAUGUGGCAAUUGACGAAAGUUUUUCAUUAUACAAAGGAAGACUUGGCUGGAUCCAAUAUAUUCCUCUGAAGAGAGCACGUUUUGGCAUCAAAACAUAUAUGUUAUGUGAGUUCAAAAGCGGCUAUGCAUGGAAUUUUAUUAUUUAUACGGGAAAACAUACAAAUCUCGAGCAAGAGUAUGUUGAUCUUCCAGUUUCAUCGCAGGUAGUUAUGAUGCUGUCUAGGGAUCUGCUAAGUAAGGGCUAUUGUAUUACUAUGGAUAAUUUUUAUAAUUCUCCACAACUAUAUAUAUAUAUAUAUAUAUAUAUAUAUAUAUAUAUAUAUUAUAGCGGAUUUAUUGUUGAGCAAAAUGGAACAUUAAAUUUCUCACGGAAGGAGGUUCCUAGGGAGUUGAAAGAUAAUAAAUUGAAAAAGGGCGAAGUAUUUGGAUUCCAAAGAGGUAAAGUGUCUCUGAUUAAGUGGAAAGAUAAAAAAGGCAUCUCUCUUAUUUCCACUGAUCAUACAAACAAGUGUGUCGAGGUAGAAACACGAAGGGAAAAAAUCAAACCAAAAGUGGUUGUGGACUAUAACGAUACCAUGGGUGGAGUGGACCGAGUGGACCAGCACUUGGCUGACUAUACCUUACCAAGAAAAAGAGGAUUUAGCCCUAUGGAACUCUUUUAUAAUAUAUGUAAAUCGGUCGGAACAAAAUCAGCACUUGUAUACCGAUUGGAGCUUAUAAAGCAAAUAAUGGAAAAAUAUCAUCAAACUGAGUUUACUCCAAGAACAGGACGACCUUCAACCCAGCUCACUCCGCUUCAUCUGACAGGACGACAUUUUCCAGAUCUUAUUCCAGCUACUGAGAAAAAGACAAAUCCAACCAGGCAAUGUGGAAUUUGCAGCAGGGCUCAAGGUGCACGCGGAAAGAAAAUUAGAAGAGAAACCAGAUAUUACUGUGCAGAUUGCGAAACCCCCUUGUGUGUGACUCCAUGCUUUAAGAUUUACCACACAGUUGCAAAUAUUUAG